AGCUCCGCCCAUCGCCCUGUGUUGGAUGGAUUUUGAUGUUGUGACUGCAGCUGCAGCUUAUUGCGCCGCUCCGGCGAGCAAGAAUUGCUGUCAACGUUUGGCUGUUGAUCAAUCAUGCAGAAAUUUGAACGUUUAGAGAAAAUCGGAGAAGGCACGUACGGUACUGUCUUUAAAGCUAAGAACAAGGAAACGCAGGAAAUUGUAGCCCUGAAGAGAGUCAGGCUGGACGAUGAUGAUGAGGGUGUGCCAAGUUCGGCACUGCGGGAGAUCUGCCUCCUGAAGGAACUGAAGCACAGGAACAUUGUCCACCUGCACGACGUCUUGCACUGCAACCGACGGCUCACGCUGGUCUUUGAGUGCUGUGACCAAGACCUCAAGAAGUACUUUGACGCCUGCAAUGGUGAGAUCGAUCCUGAUGUUGUCAAGUCCUUUAUGUACCAAUUGUUGAGAGGCUUGGCAUUCUGUCACAGCCAGAACAUUCUUCACCGAGACCUCAAGCCACAAAAUCUCCUCAUCAAUAAGAAUGGCGAACUGAAAUUGGCUGACUUUGGCCUGGCUAGGGCAUUUGGAAUUCCAGUGAGGUGCUUCUCCGCUGAGGUCGUAACCUUGUGGUACAGGCCUCCUGAUGUGCUCUUCGGUGCCAGGAUAUACACGACCUCCAUCGAUAUGUGGUCGGCGGGAUGCAUAUUUGCGGAGAUGGCAAAUGCAGGUCGGCCGCUCUUUCCGGGAAAUGACGUGGAUGAUCAGUUGAAGAGAAUCUUCAAGCUCCUCGGGACGCCCACGGAGGACACCUGGCCUGGCAUCUCCAAACUGCCCGACUUCAAGCCCUACCCAAUUUGUCAUCCCAGUACUCCGCUCUCCUCAGUGGUUCCCAGCCUUUCGGCCAAAGGUCGCGACCUCUUACAGCGGCUCCUGGUGUGCAACCCCUCCUUGCGACUGUCUGCCGAGGAGGGCCUGGCCCACAGUUACUUCGCCGACCUCAGCCCCGCCUUGAAGGCAAUGUAGAAACGGAACUCACCGCCGCAAGGUCACAAAGCAUCAAGAGACUUCUUCUCUUGUGUCACAGCUGUGGUGUCUACAGUGGAACGUCGCUAUACCGAACACCGCAAUACCGAACAUUGAGCUGUACCAAACAUCGUCCUUGGCUCCCAAUAUUUUGUGCGCAAAACUUACCGAACAUUAAGCAGUUGCAAAUCAACCGAGCUUCGCCACAGUAUGUAUCAGAGAUUGAUCCUGAGCGGUAGCUUCACGACUUUAAGGAUAAACUAAAUAUAAACUUUGUAACUCAAGAUUUAAUAAAAAAC